AGGACAUGUCCAUUGGAAUGUCCAUCAGACCAGGCAAUUCAAUUUUUUGAAGCUGGAAACAGUAAUGAUCUUGAACGAGACAAGAACAAACAAGUCCAGCGCAGCAACUUUGUUUAAAAAUCCUAUUGAAAUAGACCAAGUGUGUGUUCAAAUUCUGGGAAGACGUAAACGCAAGAAAAAUGUUAUCAAAAGCAGAAAAUACAGACCAUCCUAGCCUUUGGCAUCAAGAUGAUUCCCUUGAAAACGAGAGCAGUGUUGAAGAUGAGAACAUUGAAUUUCUAGAAGAAUUUGAGACGGAUUCAGAAGCAUCUUCACCGACGGUGGCUUAUGAUGAUACUGAUAACGCUGCUAAUAAUUCAUCUAGGAGUAUUAGCAGCACUGAUGAAGACGAAAAUGACGAAGAUGAAACUUUUGAAGACCGAGAGAUAACUCCAUUUGAAGUCGAUAUAGCGGAAUUGAUUAUAAAACAUGAAUUAUCAACAGCAUGUACCAAUGAUCUGCUUGGGAUUAUUCGUCGUCAUAUUAAGCCAGACUUUGCCAGAACUAAGCGUAUCCUUCUUCGUAUGUAUUACAAGUCUCAAGGAUUCACGGCCGCGUGAAAAAAAUGAUUCCGGCGUUUCCUUUGAAAACCACCGAAGUUGGCCAGCGUUUUUGUCUUUUUUUGCUAAAAAAAUUUAUUUGAAUUCUCUGAAAUAUUGAAAUAUGCUCAAAGGUUUUCCAUAUUUUCCACAUUAUUUAUAAAAGAAAUCUUGUGAAUUUGAUUAUGAAAUAAAUAUUCCGUAAAACGGAAAAAUUCCGUGAAAUUUUGGAGUUGUCGGAAUUGCCUUCCACAUUUUUUAUUGGGUGUCGAUGUUUUUUACGCCAUGACGCCGCCAUUAGAAAAUUCUGCAGUGAACGAUUUUGAGACGGUUGCAGAAAAAUGCAGAAUAACUCUUAAUUUUGCUACUUUGUGGGCUACAAAAGAAGUGAAUUGUGUUGAAGGAGCUAUCAGGAGACUUUCCCUGUGAAGAUGUCUCUGUUUCGCAAGCCCAAGAAGCCAAUUCAGCGACGUGUUUUUGGAAGUUACGAGGACGAUGAGAAUGAUCCUGAAAACAAUGGAGACAGUUUCUGUGUCAAGAAGGAAUCAAAUUCCGACAAGAAUAUCAGCAGCAAUGACCACAGUAGUCACCCGAAGAAGCACAAGAAGGACAAGGACAAGAGUAAAGACAGGGGAGCAGCAAAACCAACGCUCUUGAGCUUCGAUGAAGAAGAGGAAGGCGAGGAGGUCUUCCAAGUGAAGAAAUCCUCUCAAAGCAAAAAGGUCAUGAAGAUGUUGGACAAAGAACGUCGCAAGAAGAACCGCCAGGGCAAUGACAGUUCAUCCACGGUUUCCGGACAUCAACGAACGAGUGCAUUGGCACCACCAACCACGGAAUCUCCCUCAGUGUCAUCCAACAGAACUCCUUACGAGUUAAAUAGCAAAGAAAAAAUUAAAAUGGAAUUAAAAGAUAAUUCCAAUAGUAUCCAAACCGAAAUACGCACAGACGACUUUGUGCUCGUCAUCAAGAAAACCGAACCCGAUGGGAUGGUGCUCAAUGGACGAGCUGCUCUCUGUGCUGGACGUGAUGAUAUGUCAUCAGACGAGGAUGAAGCCAGCGAAAAAGAUAAGAAGGAUUCUCAACCAGGAAAUCACAAAUUCACUCCUCUGGACACCUUUAAGAAAGUUCUGGAGAGUGGAAAAAUUCCUGAUGCUGCCAUGAUUCAUGCAGCCAGGAAGAGGAGGCAGAAAGCCAGAGAAUUAGGUGAAUUUAUUCCCGUUGAGGAGAAACCCGAAGAGGUCAAGCCACGUCGUUCUGAGGAAAAUCCCGAUGAUGAUGGCUCUGAGGAGGAAGAACGCAUUGAUAUGUCAGCGAUAACGGGUGUUAAAGAACGCGAAGAGCGUCGAGAGAAAUUCUAUUCAGUACAGCAAGAAAUGUCCGAUGAUUCGGAUUUGGAGAUAAAUGAAUGGGAAAAUCAGCAGAUACGCAAAGGUGUCACGGGGACUCAAUUGGCUCUGGCACAGAAUGAAUCUGUAUUCUCGCAAUACAUGAUCCAGCCGGCGAGUGUCGUAGCACCUGAGCAAAAUAUGUCCACAGGAGCUCUCCUUGAGCAGGCAUAUGCAAGAAAUUGCCUGGAAAAUCCAAAGCAGAUGCUUUCGGCUACGGCAAAGAGCGAGAGCAAAACAAGUGGACCGAGAAUGCCUCAAGAAAUCCUGCAAAAAGUCAGGGAGAGAUUGACCCAAGUGGUAGAUCUCAAUGCUAAGCAUACGCGGGAUAUUGAGGAAAUGACGACAGAGAUGAAAAUGAUGAAGAUUGAAGCACUAGAUUGUGAACAAAAAGCACCCGCUGCUGCAGCCAAAUAUCGAUUCUAUCAAGAAUUACGUGGGUAUGUCUCAGACUUGGUUGAAUGCUUAGACGAAAAGGUUCCUCAAAUUGUGGAGCUGGAGAAGAAGGCAAUUGGGCUGAUGGCGAAGCAUGCAAAUUACUUGAUUGAGAGACGUCGACAGGAUAUUCGUGACCAGGCAAAGGAAAUAUCAGAUUCUUCAAAGCCUGGAAGUAGUCGGAAAGGUGAGGAUGAAGAGCAUGUUAGGCGAGCAGCGGAGAGAGAAGGACGUCGGACGCGUCGUCGACGAGAUCGAGAGCGGAGCAGCAUGAACGAGAGUCAUUUGGAUGGGAUGUCCAGUGAUGAUGAGAUCUCUGAUCACGAUUUGGCCCAGUAUCUGUUGCAAUUGGAACAGGUGUCCAAUGAGGCUGAAGCCCUUUUCUCCGAUGUCGCCGAUGAAUUUUGCCAAAUUCAGGAAAUUCUCUCAAAGUUCCAUUCGUGGAAACAAACAGAUGCAUCUGCCUACAGAGAUGCCUACGUUAGUCUGUGUCUACCGAAAAUACUCGGUCAACUGAUACGUCUGCAGAUGGUCACAUGGUGUCCACUUGCAGAUCAGUGUCCAGACAUUGAGAAGAGUCCAUGGUAUUCAGCGUGUAUGAUGUAUGCAUAUUCAGAGACAGAGACAGAGGAAACCCUUUCAAUAGAUCCUGAUGUCACACUGGUACCAGUACUCGUAGAGAAGAUCAUCCUACCCAAGUUGACAGAACAAAUUGAGAAUUGCUGGGAUCCAUUGUCAACAUCGCAAACUCUGCGAUUAGUGGGGUUAAUUAAUCGUCUCUAUCAUGAAUAUCCAUCUCUUCGACCAUGUUCAAAGUCACUCACAACAUUAUUCAAUGCCAUUCUCGAGAAGAUAAAAGCCUCUCUGGACAAUGAUGUGUUCAUCCCUAUUUUUCCCAAACAAUUCCAAGAUGCGAGAACGUCAUUUUUCCAGCGUCAAUUCUGCAGUGGAUUGAAGUUGUUUAGGAAUAUCUUGAGUUGGCAGGGCAUCUUAUCUGAUGUAUCAUUGCGGGAGGUGGCAAUUUCGUCACUCCUCAAUCGCUACUUAUUGUCUGCGAUGCGUGUCUGUACGCCAACAGAUGCUAUUGCCAAAGCACACCUGAUAGUGUACACUUUGCCGAGAGUUUGGCUUCAGUCGCAGAGCAGUGAUUUCAAUCCCAGCAUGGAUAUGUUUGUACAAUACCUCAAGCAUAUAGCUACACAGUUGGAUAAGAGAAAUCCAAUUCAUUUGGAUUCCAUGGAGAAAAUUGUCAAGAUUUUAAAUAGUCUACAUACUACACUGUAACUGAUAUGAUAGAGAGAAUGCAAAAACAAAAGGAAAAAAUUAAGUCCAUAAUAUUAAACUUAGUUGGUUGCAGAUAAAUUAAAGAAAAAAUUUCCCAACAUUGUAUAAAAAGAGAUAUUUGAAGACAUUAAACAAAUCUUUUUCCAUUUA